AUGCUCACCCGCCGACGUAAAUCCAAAAGGGACUUCAGCUGCGGCAGAAAGGAAGAAAAGGACUUCCGGCAGCCAGUGGAUGCCAUGAUCCAGCCACCUCCAGGACCAUGGGAUAUUUCUGCAACAACACCAAAUUUCUUUGUAGAUAACAAACAGCAAAUCAGGGUUCCCUACACAUCAUCUAUUAAGCCCUGCCACAACUGUGUGGGAAUGGGACGAAAACCUUGCAAUGAUUGUACAGGUGCUGGUAAUCAAAUGUGUUGGGUAUGCAAUGGAUCUGGUUUCCAUAUUGGGAAUGAUCGAUGUAACCACUGCAAUGGGAGAGGGAGAAACAAUUGCAAUUCCUGUAAUGGACAAGGAUCAAAGAUGUGUGACAUGUGUCAUGGGAAACGGCAGCUCCUGGUCUACAUCCGCCUCAAUGUGAACUGGACUAAUAACACUGAGGAUUAUGUUGUGGAACAGUCGAGUGGACUUCAUGUGGACAACAUCAGCAAGGUGUCUGGGAAGGAACUUUUCAGAGACUCUCAGUACAUGGUGUAUCCAUUGAUGGGUUUUCCAGACGCUUCUAUAGUGCAGGCUUCAGAACGCCUUAUCAGGGAUCAUCAGGGCAGAUACUCCCAAACAUCACGCAUUCUGCAGCAGCGUCAAACCAUCGAGCUGAUCCCGGUCACAAGGGUCACCUACUCGUGGAAAGGGAAUACACACAUUUACUUUGUUUAUGGAAAUGAGUUCCAAGUUCAUACUGAUGACUACCCCGCCACUUGUUGCUGCUCUGUAAUGUAACUGCAAUGGCUGGCUAUGACUUUGUUUAUUUUACUGUCUAUGCCACCGGACAUUUUAGUCUGACUCACUCACUUCCAUUCAAAUUAAUGGUUAAGAGUCAUUAAGUAGUAUGUGAGUAUAAAUAAACAAUUUCUGACUGACUAAAAACAAAAUGAUUUAAAAUAAAAAUGUUGAGGCAGAAAAACUCCCAUCACUUUCAUUGGCUUUAAACUCACAAUAAACUUGGGUGAAAUAAGUUUUCCUGUCAAUUGGCAUAUCAAAAAUGUAAUUUUUGUUUCAUUUUUGGGGGAGAGAGUGGGGUUAUUGAUGUGAAAGGGACUUUCUUUUUAUUAUUUGUGAUCUUUUCAAAAUCCAGCUUCACUGAAUCUAUGGAGAAGCAUUGCACAUUUUUGAGUGCAACAUUAAUGCUAGCUUUUACUGUCAAUCCGUCCAUUUUCCAUGCUUUUUCGACUUUCACAUAAUUAUGCUAAAA